AUGGGUGCUGCAGCUGCAGGCAAAGGCAACUGCCAGUUCAACUCUAUCUCCCGAUACGUUUCUGACGAGCCCAACCGAAUUCGCCAACAUGCAGUUGCAUAUAUACGUCGCAAUCGAUUUCUGUUUGAGGGCUUUGUUGAUGGCGAUUUUGAUACGUAUCUGGAGCGGAUGAGCCUCAACGCAUGGGGUGACGAACUGACGUUGAGGGCGCUUGCUACCCACUAUCAGCGGCAAAUCCGAGUCCUACACCAAGAUCGCACCAUCAUAAUCUCUCCAAUUGAAGAGUUUGCUGACCGCUUGGGCUCCCCAAUCUACGUCGUCUUCUUUGCAGAGGUCCACUACGAUGCUGCUGUUCCAAACCUUCCACAGACUGGCCCGGCUGCAGUUGGCAGCGAAACGGAGGCCAUGCUGCGGAUAAGGGCCUUGAGUGGUGCAGUUGUGCAAGAGUUCACCCUUCAAGAGUUGGAUGCAAUGGCUGGGGCCACGACUACUGUUGUUGAUUCUGUUAUGUCGAGAGUGGCAAAGUCGUUGGGACGCAGUGCCCGCGAGAUCCAGCUGGUCGAUGCUCAAGGUGAACAAGUCCGACCUGGAUUUUUAUGGGGCUCCGGAGACUUGCAAGCAAUUGUAGUCAGGGAGCUAUCGUUCCUUGACCUCUGCGCGCUAGGGGAGCUACAGCGAGUUGAGGAGUCCUUGCGCAACGGCGAGGACGUGAACGGCCGGGAUGGCCGCUGUCCGCGCCCCCUCAUGGAAGCUAUCAAAGGAGGCCAUGUUGACGUGGUCAGGGCAUUGGUAAGAGCUCGUGCCCGCGCGGAUCUGGUGGACCAUGACGGAGAGGUUCCUUUGCGGCACAUCGUCAGAAUCGAUCGACCAAGGCGCAUGGAGAUGUGGCAGAGUCUUUUGGAAGGUGCUGAAGCUUACGGUGUGGACUUGGCCAACUGGUGGGGGCCCGUCGAAUUCAACGACGAAGGCUGGAGUUUGCUACAUGAGGCAGCUUUCGGCGCCCAUCGAGAUGGUUUCUCAAACGCCGACAUCGCGCAUGAGUUGGUGCGAGUUGGGCUGGAUCCAAACCACGAAAGCAGGGAGGGCUUGACACCUUUGAUUCAGGCUGUUCGCGGAGGAAAUCUUGAACUUGUUCAAUUCUUUGUCGAGGAGGCCCAUGUUGAGAUCGGUGCUUCCAAUAGGUAUGGCCAGAAUGCUCCUCGCGAAGCCGGACGCGUUGGGGCUCAGGACAUUGAACGCUACUUGAGAGAGGCUACGACAGCUCAAGGCAAAGGUAAGGGCAAGGCCAAGGCCAAAGGGCAAGGAUAUGUCUCUGCAACAGCAGCUACAGUUGCACAUGCAGCCGCGCACGCAGUUGCACCUGCAAAAGCCUUCGUAGAAGCACCUGCAGCAGCAUUCCAAUACCCAACCCGACAGGCCUACCUGAACUCCCCAGCCGGCGCAUUGGCCUUGACAUCAUUUCAAUCACGGGGCAAAGAUCCCGCAACUUUCAAGAGGAUACGUUGCAAAAACUGGCCGCGGUGCCCGUACGGGCAUAGAUGCCACUUCCUGCAUGACGAAUUUCCUGGCUGA